AUGCCGGCCCCGGAGGAGUUGGAGGAGCGCAGGCGUCGCCUGCGCUCAAACGCCAUCGAUGAGUGGGAGCAGAGGCUGGAGCACCCCAGUGCCGGCCUAAGAACCGUAGAGGCCAUACGUCCUGUCCUCAGGAGCAAAAUCUGUAGAUCUCUUGAAAUGUACCGCGUUAAUGAUGCAGUCCAUUGGUUUAUGAACGAUCUCUCGUCACGAGUCAUAGCCCAAUCCGGAAUCCCGAGUGACAGAUAUCAUCUUGGGAAACUCAUAUUACAGAGCUUCAAGGAUGCCCCAGACUUUAUUACACAGAUCGAUGGAGGGACUGGUGAAAGUGAAACCAACGUGUCAGUCAUGAAAAGAUCUAUUCAGUGCGCCGCCGCAUUAAGAAACAUUGGUCUGGAGCAUGGGGACGUCAUGGUGGUGAUGGCCCCAAAUCACAUUGAUGUCGCUAUACCGUUCUACGCUGCUCUUUACCUCGGAGUCAUUAUAUCUGCGGUAGACAGAACUCUGGGUAUUAAUGAACUUCAGGGGUCAUUCGGUAUCAGUAAACCAAAAAUAGUGUUUUGCCAAAGCGACAAAGCAACUGACGUCCAAUUGGCAUUAAACAAACUGGACUUGAGAACCCACAUCGUAACAUUUGACAAAGGCGAUUACCUUUUUAACUACGCAGAUUUUCUAGACAAAUACGGUGACACGUCCGCGGCUUACGACUUCAAGCCAUCUGACUUUGAUCCAGAAAGUACUAUAGCUUUUCUUAUUGCUACCAGUGGGACAACAGGCUUACCAAAAGCAGCUGCAGUUACUCACAAGAAUAUUGUAAUCACAAACCCAUAUCUGUGGGUAAGACAGUUCAAUUUCCCAACACCGACGCGCUUGGCGUUAAUCGGAUCGCCUCUUCAAUGGCUGACAGCGAUAGUCAACUUUGUUUUGUCACCGAUUUUGAGAUACACUAGACUGCAGACGUCGUUAACUCUUACGCCGGAUCACGCGUACUAUCUUAUUAAUAAAUACAGACCAUCAUUUACGCUACUUAGUCCGACAAUGAUGACUACGCUAAUGAAGCCCGGUGUUCGAGAACAAUGUGACUUCUCGUGUUUAGACCUUCUUUAUCUUGGUGGCAGCCCUGUGCCGCGGGAACUCAUGAACGAAAUACAGCGGGUGACGCCACAUACCGAGGUUCUUAACAUUUACGGAAUGAGUGAACUCACAAGUGUGGGCUUUAUUUCUGACUUCUCGCCGCCAGAAUCUUGCGGUAAGCCGUUAGGCUGCUUCCGAUACCGGUUAGUGGAUCCAGAUACACACCAAGAUAUUUCGAAGCCUAAUACACCAGGGGAGUUAUGGGUGAAGGGACCUGGCAUUUUUAAGGAGUAUUAUAACAACCCUCAAGCGACUGAAGAAACGUUCGCAGAAGACCGUUGGUUCAAGACCGGCGAUAUGUUCUACAGGGACGAGAACGGGAAUUACUUUUAUGUUGAACGGAUAAAACUAUUGCUGAAAUAUAAAAGUUUUCAGAUCUCACCGGUCGAAAUCGAGGCCGUUAUAAGAAAACAUCCAAGUGUAUUAGAUGUUGCUGUGACGGGCAUACCGGAUCAAGAGUGUGGGGACUUACCGGUGGCUUGUGUUGUGACCCGGUCGGGAUGUGAUGUCACAUCCCAAGACAUAAAAGAUUGGGUUAAGAAUGCCCUCUCAGACUCGAAACAGUUACGCGGUGGGGUGAUCUUCGUCAGUGAAAUACCGAUGACUGCAUCUACAAAAGUCCAUAGAAGGAAACUCAAGGAAAUGGCACUGGUGAUGGAAAGGCAA